AUGUCUUUCCUUGGGCUAUCAUCACGCUCUCCUUUCGCGCUCAAUGCCGGAGCUGCCGCAGGCGUCUUCCAGGUCACGCUUGGGCUCAUCGGCGUCUUUCGGCCUCAGGUCAUGCUUCAAGACAUUUGGGGCUUCAAAACCUCAACGAAGCCUGGUCAAGACCAGCUUGUCAUCGAAUCCCUGAUGCAACUCUAUGGCAUGAGGAACGUUGCGCUUGGGCUCAUGAUCCUGGCUGUCAGAACUUUUGCAGACAGUAGGACGUUGGCCUGGGUCCUCAUGUCCGAUAUGCUUGUCGCGAUUGGGGACGGCUUCAUACAGAAGAAAGCCACUGGUGGAGGCGAGUGGAAGCAUUGGUCAUUUGUUCCUGUAGGAGUCGGCAUGGGUAUGCUCUUGCUUGGCUACUUUGAUUGA